GAUCAAGAUCAGAGAAGCUGCCGGUCAAGCGUGAUCUUUAUGUUGAUAUACUAGUGUGUGCAACAAGCCAUGGGACGUUACUCCAGUGAUUCAGACAGUGACAGGGUGAGCAGAAGGCGACGGAGGAGUAGAUCCCGAAGCAGCAGCAGUACAAGUUCUAGAAGCCGCCACCGCCACCACAAGAAGUCAAGGCGGCGGCGACGACACUCAUCCAGCAGAUCCCUCAGCCACUCCCGCAGUUCCUCACCAAGCAGGAGGUCUCGAUCUGGUAGUCGUGAGCGGUAUAGACGCCGCCGCACCCACUCACGCACACGUACACGUUCCCGUUCAAGAGACAGGUCAAGGAAUCGCAAACAUAAGAAAUCUAAACACAAGAGGAGAAAACGCAGUUCCAGCUCUGACUCCGAUCGGAGUGACAGAUACACCAAAUCACGCUCAGCCAGAAGCAGCAUUGAUCGGGGAAGUCGAGGCUCAACACGUGAUCGUGACCGCAGAGAUCGAGACAGAGACAGAGACAGAGAUAGAGAGAGGGAGAAGGACCGAAAUCGAGACAGGGAGCGCGACAGUGAGAGAGACAGAGAAAAUGAGAGAGAUGUUAAAGUACUAUCUCCAGUACCCGAAGAAGGUCCUGUAGUGAAGAGUCAAGAAAUGACAGAAUCUGAGAAGCUUGCCUAUACUCGAGCGAUUGAAGAAAUUGACGAGGGAGGUUUUGUGCAACAGAAUUUUAAGUCAAGCCGUGAGGAUAAAGCUGCCAGCAACAAGGACAACAAAGAAGAUGGAGAAUUCAAUUUUGGGACACAAGCUGAGCUGUCUGCAAGGGCCAAUAAGUUUAUUCCUCUCAGCGAUGACAGUCUGUUCAGUCCUCAUCUGUUUGGAGACCCAGAAGAGCGGGAAGAAAAAUAUUUGAGAAGAAUUUUUUCUCUUCGUCAGAAGGCUCUCCUUGGAGAGCCAAUUUAGUGAAGUUAUAAGCAUUUUGGAAAGAGAAAGAAAAGAAUCCAGCAGACAGUGAGUUACCACAGCUAGCUUCAUCAGAAUUAUCUCCACAGUCAUCUUCUCCAUCACACUGGUAAGACUUGCGGAUACACUUGGCAUUGCUGCAGUUGAAUUCAUCAGAUGUACAUUCCCGAUACUUCUGGUUGCACGAUAUACCUUCAUCUGAACCAUCUCCACAGUCAUUGUCAAAGUCACAUUCCCAGUCCUGUUUGUGAAUUAGUGAUGAUAAGCUGUUGUAGAAUAUAAACCCACAUAUAUGACAAAAGUAUUUCUAUGUAUGACUAUACAAGUACCAUUUCUUUUAUACAUAUUUUCACUUGUAUUUUCAUGAUUAAAGGUACAUAAAAUAAA